CGGUUUGAGUUCAAAAUUUGCCGAUACACUUUAGAUGACAACUUGCGCCCAUUCCAAGCUAGUUAGCUAAGCUUAUCGACACCUUUCUGAAAAUACGAAAACGAAUCCAGAAGAUUGUGUAAUAUAUUUUUGUUUGAUUAAACAUGUCGAAGAAAGAAAUUUAUUACUCUGACAAGUACACAGAUGAAGCAUUCGAGUACAGGCAUGUUAUGCUACCGAAACCGUUAUCCAAGCUGGUGCCCACUUCUCAUUUGAUGACAGAAGAUGAAUGGAGGGGUCUGGGGGUGCAGCAGAGCCAGGGCUGGAUCCACUACAUGAUCCACAAGCCAGAGCCGCAUAUAUUGCUUUUCCGAAGACCUCUUCCAAAAGAUUGAGUGGAAAUCAUCUUCCACAUCCCGGAAAACCGCCUCAGUUGAAUUGUAUGGUCUUUGUUGACUAAACAAGAUGUACAUCUCUCCAUGUGUUUUGGUGUAUAGAAUAGACCAUUUAUUUUCAGUUUUUUUAAACUCCUCAAAAUGUUGGAGGUAUGAUAGAGGUAGCCCAAGGAGAGUGGAAGGCAGAAGGCUCGGCCCUGACUAAGAGAUGGUGAGCAGUUCUGCUUUGAUAAGUGGCAACAAUAUGAAGAUGGAAUUUCUCUCAUGAGACUUUACCAAGCUUGAAUAACAUUUGCUACACUUUUAUUGAUGUUUACUUGUCAAUAUAUGUUGUAUUAAUGAGCAUAGUGGUCAAAUGUAGUUAUUCUUUUCUUGAACGUGGUAUAUUUUAUUCAAAAAAGAAAUGAUUUUAUUUGUUUUUCUGUGUGUGUAUAUAUAUAUAUAUAUAUAUUCUUAUCAGACAGUAUACAUUUUGACUGACUAGAGUCACAUUUCUGUUCAUUCUAAAUAGCACUGUUGCUGGAUAGUACGUAAAUACAAUAUAUUUCUUUACUUUC